CUCAAGUGAAAAGAGUCAUCAUCAUCAUCAACCUCAACCUUUAUUUACAUACAUUCAGGGGUGACCUUCGUUUUCAGUGAUGGAGAGAUUACACAAGCAGAAAGAAAACAAACCAAACAAUCAGAAUUACAAAAAUCAAUUCCUAAUAAAAACUAUUUCAUUAAAAAACAUUAAGAUUUAAAGCUUAUUUCUUAACUGUCCCAAUGUUAUGAGGGAAUCGAUAUUUGAAGGGUGUUUAUAGGUUCUUCCAUUAGUCUGAAAAGAGUCUGCAGGAAAUGCUUUGUUUUCCUAAAUUAAGUUUAAAUAAAGUCAAAGUAAAACUUUCCAGCUUGCUAAUCACUCUCCAGAGCAGGUUUCCAAAAAAUAAAAUAAGUGUUUAAAGUGCACACGUCACUUCAGAUAACAGUGCGCCCCAACACUGUUAGCAGCACCCUGGACAGCUCCUCAUUCCUCAACACUGCCGGGAUGAGGGUCAGUUGGUGCCUACAUUUUAUUUUUCUCCCCAGGGGCCUUUAAUGAUAUAAUUUGGCCCUGCUGUUGGAUAGUUUAAUCUAUAAAACUGAUUUAUAAUUUACAAAACUGACCCUAUGUUUUUUUCAUAUCAUUAAAUGUUAUUUAACUGCAAAGUAACCAAUAACUAUCAUUGUCAGAUGAAAUAAUGAAGUAAUAGUAAAGUACAAUAUUUCCCCUUGAAACAUAAUGGAGUAUAAACAAACAAGAAAAAAACAUUUUUUCAAGUAUCUCAGGUACCAAACUAGGAACAACUUGAGUUGAAGAAACGCCUGUUGUGCUGCUAAACGGUCGCGUGCUAUUCCUCUUCCGACCAGCAGAGGGCAGCAUGUGACUAAACACAUAAGAUAAAAGCAGAAGAAGAAGAAAGGCGGAAGUGUGUACGGUGUAAACAAUCGAGUCAUCCAGGGACUGCUGCGGAUGAGAUCCAUUAUUUCAAGUUAAACGUGUGCCAGCUGCCUGCGGCCACCAUGCCUUACCUGGGCAGUGAGGACACGGUGCGGGAGCUGAGGAGAGCUCUGUCCAACCCCAACAUCCAGUCUGACCAGCUGCGCUACAGGAACACCAUCCUCAAAGUCAUCAGGGCAAUGUCACAGGGUGUGGAUGUAUCAGGCCUGUUCAGUGAAAUGGUAAAAGCGUGUGCCACAGUAGACAUAGUCCAGAAGAAACUGGUCUAUGUCUUCCUGUGUUCCUACGCCACUUUAAACCCAGAGCUGUCUCUGCUGGUCAUCAACACGCUGAGGAAAGACUGUCAGGAUCCAAACCCCAUGGUCCGCAGCCUGGCCCUGAGGAACAUGACCAACCUCAGGUUACCCAGUCUGGUGGAGUAUGUGGAGCAGCCUCUGACAGCAGGACUGAGGGACAGAGCAGCUUGUGUGCGACGAGUUGCUGUACUUGGCUGGGCCAAACUACGCAAUCUCCAAACCAGCUCAGAGAUAGACGCUACAGUGGUGAACGAGCUGUACAGCCUGCUGAGGGACCCGGACCCGGUGGUGAUGGUGAACUGCCUCCGCGCCCUGGAGGAGAUCCUGAAGGAGGAGGGGGGAGUUGCCAUCAACAAACCCAUCACCCAUCACCUGCUCAACAGGCUGAAGGAGUGUGACAUCUGGGGUCAGUGCGAGGUGCUGAGAAUCCUUCAGCGCUACCGGCCGCAGUCCGAGGACGAGCUCUUUGACAUCCUGUCCCUUCUGGACGCAUCCCUGGUCAGCCCCCACCCCCCAGUCAUGGCUGCCACCCUCAGCCUCUUCCUCAGCCUCUGCUCCGGCGUUCCCGCCAUCAGUUUGGCGGCCCUGGAGCGGGUACGUGGACCCCUGCUGGCCGCCUGUGGGAGCGCAUCCAGAGAGACGAGGUUCACCGCCCUCUGCCACAUACAGUUGCUGUUGCGUUCUCUCCCUGGCCUGAUGGGUGCGCACUACAAGCGUUUCUUCUGUGGCUAUGCUGAACCGGCCUACAUCAAGCAAAGGAAGAUGCAGGUGCUGGUGGAGCUGGUAAAUGACGAGAAUGUAGCAAUGUUACUGGAUGAGCUGAGAGGAUACUGCACCGAUGUCAACACUGACACUGCCCACGCGGCAAUCUCAGCCAUAGGUCGUAUUGGACGGAGCUACAGCGACAAAUGUCUAGAGAUCCUCACUGGACUCCUCGGACUCAAACAGGAGCACAUCACCUCUGCCGUGGUGCAGACAAUGCGUGACCUGGUCUGGGUGUGUCCUCAGUGCAGUGACACAGUGUGUUUGGCUGUCGAGGGCUGUGAGGAGUUGCUUCAGGACAGCCAGGGCAGGCAGGCCUUGCUGUGGUUGCUGGGUGUGUACGGGGAACGAGUCUCCAGCGCCCCAUACACGCUGGAGGUGUUCAUCGAUGGAGUGAGGAGCGAGGCCUCUCUGGGAGUCAAGAUGGAGCUGCUGACGGCCACCAUGAGGCUGUUUUUGUGCCGGCCCGCUGAAACACAGGACAUGCUUGGAAGACUGCUGCACUACUGCAUAGAGGAGGAAACAGACAUGUGUGUACGUGACCAGGCACUUCUCUACUACCGCCUGUUGCAUUGUGGGAUAGAAGAGACACGAAAGGUCCUACAGGGUCGAAGGUCAGACCCUUCCCUAGGUGUUCUCAUCGGCCGCCCCGCAGAGCCCAUCAGCCAGUGGGCGUGCAGCUUUAACACUCUGGAGCCUCUCAGGCAGGGCGCCAUAGAGACAGAGCCAGCCAGCAGAGGAAGCCCUGAGCAUGUGAACUUUGACCCCAAGCCUAACACUGACCUCUCAGACACACUGAACUGUAGCCAUGGCAAGACGGGCCAUUCAGGCUCAGACAGUGCCAUUCAGUGUGCAGACUCCUCCACUGAUGUCCUGGCUUCCAGCGUCACAGCCCCCAUCAGUUUGUCCCUCUCCCCGGCUCUCAGCCCAGAGGAGUUUGAGCGCCUGUGGCUGCGGCGACACGUUCUGCAUGCUGAGCAAGGUCCUGAGAAGAGUCAAGAGGAGGAGGAUUAUAUGUGCAUGCAAGAACAUGUCCAGUGCCCCGCAAUACCUCACUGUUCCCCACAAAGCCUUCAGGCAGCGAUGCAGCUGGUCAAUAUCCAGACACUGGCCUUCACGCCGCCGCACACACUCCCCUGGAGGGUUUACUUGUACACACACACCCAGCACACACACUCGGCCGACACGCCCCACAGCACGCUCAUACUGGGGGAGCUGCUGUACACUGGAGAGGCGAAUCAGAAAGCGGGAGCAAAGAAAGGUACAGGUGACGGAAAAGUGGUGGUGGAGAGGGGGGAAGACAAGCAAAUGAAAGAGGGAGAAGAAGCUGCCGCUGAGGAGCUGAGCGGGAGAGAGACGACGGGAAAAGACGGAGAAGAAAAGGGAGUAAAAGUGACUCUGAAGCAGCAACCAAGAGAUGAAAAAGCUCUGAAGGGGUUUCUCUCCAUCCUUACCACUGUACUGCACACACUGUCCUCAGAGUCAGCUUAGAUAUACCCACGCACACACAUCACUGCUCUUGCUAUACAUCCUUCCAAAGACACUCAUUGACCACAUUCAUUCCCUAAAUAUAACUAUAAUAUAGCCUCUGAUAGGAGUAAGCACUGGCACACGGAGAGAGUUGAAUCUUUAAAGGGUAAAAAGGUGAGUUAAAAAGAGAGUAUUUAGUAGAGAGAAAAAUUCAGCUGAAGGCCAUUAAUCUCCUCAGUUUGCUGGGGUUUUUUUCUCUCACAGUCAAGCCAUAAUAAGUGGAUUAAAAAAUAAUUCAGGUUAGGUCAGGUUUGGCCUGGUGGGGGCACUAUUGAGCACUAGUCUCACCAUGGUCUGUCUCACUGCAGCAAAAUCAACAGUCUUAUCAACAGUCUUUCCUCUUGGGACUGAGAAAUAAUGUUGUUUAUCUACAAACACAUGUAGGGUGGGGGGUGGGCGGGGUCCUGUUACUUACUCAUUCACAGCGUGCAGAGCUGAAGGGCCCUGAAACAGCUACCAUGGAUAUAGUUUUUAUUUCUGGUAGUUAUUUUUUCUGUACAUUCAUGAUAAUAACGAGCUGAAAGUAAUGCGAACAUGACCUGACUUAAAAUAAUAAAACGUGUUAAGUGUU